AUGUCAAGAGAUGCUUCUUUACCACCUAUGAGGGUCACAGUGGUAGAUGAUCCGCCUUUAAGAGAAGAACCGGAAUCUUUCAUCGAUGCAGCAACGUACAAUUGGGAAACACCUAUUGCUAUAGAUUUUGGUUCAUAUGAGGUUAGAGCAGGCUAUACUAGUUCAUCAAUACCUUCACACAUUUUCCCCAAUAAAUUAACAAGGCAUCGUGAUCGUAAACUGAGCAAGACCUUCACGUUCAUCGGAAAUGAUGUAUUACUUGAUCAAACUGUACGUUCCCAAUCAAAAUCCCCAUUCGAUGGUUCGUUUAUUGCUAAUUGGGAUUAUGUAGAGGAUAUCAUGCAGUAUACUUUCAACCAUCUUGGAGUCGUUGGUGAUAAUAGCGUGAGAAAUCCCCUCAUCAUCAAUGAACCACUUGGUUCCCUACAAUCUCAGAGAAAAAACUGGUAUGAAUUACUUUUUGAAUGUUUCCACCUUCCUAAUGUCAGCUUUGGUAUAGACGGAAUGUUUGGAUUCUAUGCAAAUAAUGAGGGAAAUCAAGAUGGUAUUGUCAUAAACUGUUCCAAUGAGGAAACCGACGUCAUCCCCGUUGUUGAUGGAAGAGGCGUACUGACAGAUGCCAAGAGAAUUAACUGGGGUGGUAGACAGGCAGUCGAUUAUUUGAGCGAUUUAAUGUCUCUAAAAUAUCCUUAUUUUCCCUCAAAACUUUCAACGUUUCAAUACCAACAAAUGUACACAAACUAUUGCUAUGUUUCACCGGAUUAUAGUAAUGACAUCGAUACCAUGUUAAAACUAGACGUUUUAGAAGAAAAAAAUAUUGUCAUAGAGGCGCCAUUCACUGAGAUAAUGCAACCACAAAAGACUGAGGAGGAACUAAGAAUUCAAGCUGAAAAGAGAAAAGAAACAGGUAAGAGGCUACAAGAGCAGGCAAAACAAAAAAGAGCAGAAAGACUUAUUCAGAAAACUGAAGAGUUCGAAUAUUUUUCUAAAGUUAGAGAGCAGUUGGUAGACCAGCCAAGAAAAACCGUCCUUUCCAUUCUACAGAAUGCUGGUUUUGAUGAUGAGCAAGAUUUUAAAAAAUAUUUAUAUAAUCUAGAGAGAUCUUUGAAAAAAGCCCAUGCUGCGGAUGAAGAAAAUACUAAUGCAGAUGAAGAAAAUGAAGAAGCAACAGAGACAAAGUUUGAUCUAGUAGAUAUUCCUGAUAGUGAAUUGAAUGAAGAACAACUCAAGGAAAAAAAAAAACAAAGGUUUUUGAAGGCCAGCAGUGAUGCAAGAAAAAAAGCUAAAGAGGAAAAGGAAAGGCUUUUGAAAGAGGCAGAAGAAGAGAAAGUGAGGGAAGAAGAAUGGCGGAAGAAUGAUUUAGCAGGAUGGAUCAAAGAUAAACGUACGAAAUUAAAUGCUCUUGUAAAGAAAAGAAAAGAAAAAUUCAAACUACGUGAUGAAAUGAGAGAUCGUAAAUCCCAAGCAGCACAAAAGAGAAUGAAAAAUCUAGCAUCUCUUGCUGAAGAGAAUACCACUUCUGGAUCGAAAAGAACAAGAACUCAAGCAACGAUCGAUAACGAUCCAAAUGAUACAUUUGGUGCCAACGAUGAGGAUUGGUUGGUUUAUAGUGAUAUAACGCAAAAUCCAGAAGCUUUUGAGGAGAUAAUUGAAGAGGAAUACAAGGAAAUUGUAGAGUUAGAGGGCUUAUUAUUAGAACACGAUCCACAUUUUACCGAAGAAGACACACUAGAUGCACAAUACGACUGGAGAAAUUCCGUUCUACAUUUAUUUCUCAGAGGUCCAAGACCUCAUGAUAGUGAAAAUAUUCAUGAACAGCAUCAGCUACACCUAAAUGUAGAGCGUAUAAGAGUGCCAGAAAUUUUAUUUCAGCCAAUAAUUGGCGGUCAAGAUCAAGCGGGUAUUAGUGAGCUUUGUGAGACGAUUUUGUCGAACAAAUUCGGUUCCAAACCAAGGGAGCUCAGUGAAACUAGUCUCGGCAUGGCAAAGAAUAUCUGGUUAACUGGUGGUCAUUCAAAACUUCCUGGCCUUCGAGAAAGAAUAGUGAAGGAAUUUACAGGGUUCCUACCUGUUGGGACCAAGUUAGGAGUGAAAAUGAGUAAAAACCCAUCAUUGGACGCUUGGUACGGUAUGAGAAAAUUGGCACAGAAUGAAGCGGAUUACAAAGACAGUAUUAUUAGUAAAAAGGAUUACGAAGAAUAUGGGGCUGAAUAUAUUAAGGAACAUAAACUGGGGAACUGCAGGUAUUUUGAAUAA